GCGUUGGUCGUCGUCACACCACAGUAAUCGAUGAAGAUGCGCGGGCUUACGUUCGGCCUUCUGAUUGUCUGCGUCCUUGCUGCCGUUGAGUCGGGCGUUCGGGCUGCUCCGGCUACAGACUUGGACGAAAAUUUGAUUUUCUUCGAGAACAAUCAAGAUGAGAAGGGUUACAACUUUGCGUACAAAACGAAAGACGGCCAGUUCCGGGAGGAGCAGGGUGUCAUCAAUCCGGAAACGGGAGUGCUGACGGUGUCGGGAGUGUACGGAUACGAAGGUCCGGAUGGAAAAACUUACGAGUACAAUUAUGAGUCCGAUGAGAAUGGGUAUCGUAUUGUGACUAAGCCGCCGCCCGUAGGCUUUGCUCCGAUCCCUAACGCAGUGCUGCUCUCCCUCGUCGGAUAAACGAGUGA